AUGGUUGAUCCAAAGCCUGAAGAGAUAAGUCACCCGGCAAUGGAUCAGCUCCACAGUUUGGAGUACUGUAUUGAUUCCAAUCCUUCUUGGGGGGAGUCAAUUGCUUUGGGUUUCAAGCAUUACAUUUUGGCUUUAGGGACAGCCGUUAUGAUUCCAACCUUCCUUGUCCCUUUGAUGGGCAGUGACCAUGGGGAUAAAGUCAGAGUGGUACAGACUCUACUGUUCGUAGAGGGGAUCAAUACCCUUAUUCAGACACUGUUUGGGACACGUCUCCCCACCGUGAUUGGGGGUUCCUACGCAUUUAUGGUCCCAAUCAUGUCAAUAAUUCACGACCUUGCUUUGACCAGAAUAGAGGACGAUCAUUUGAGGUUUUUGAGCACCAUGAGAGCUGUACAAGGUGCUUUAAUAGUAUCAUCUAGCAUUCAGAUAAUUCUUGGAUACAGUCAAUUGUGGGCCAUUUGUUCCAGGUUCUUCAGCCCACUUGGGAUGGUUCCAGUCAUUUCUUUACUGGAUUUUGGACUAUUUGACAGAGGCUUCCCUGUGGUUGGGCGUUGUGUGGAAAUUGGAGUGCCCAUGCUCAUACUAUUCAACUUUCACUUCAGGCAAUUGCCAGUACUAGAGCGGUUCGCCUUGCUAAUAUCGGUUACUGUAAUAUGGGCAUAUGCACAUCUCUUGACAGCAAGUGGCGCAUACAAGCAUCGUCCAGACCUUACGCAGGGCAACUGCAGAACUGACAGGGCCUACCUCAUUUCUGCUGCUCCAUGGAUAAAGAUUCCUUAUCCACUGCAAUGGGGAGCCCCAAAAUUUGAUGCUGGUCAUUGCUUUGGGAUGAUGGCUGCUGUUAUAGUCUCACUCAUUGAGUCAACUGGAGGAUAA